AAAAAAUGCUCCUUCGUAACAGCUUGAAGCAAUCAAAAUCGAUCCGUAAAAAUGUUGGUGCUGCUUUAUCAACCAGUGUAGUUGCAGCCAAUUCUAUUGCCGCCAAUAAGUCAUCUUCAUUCUCUAAUAAGAGACAAAAUAUGAUCGUUUCAUCAUCAUCAUUAUGCGGAAAGAAAUAUUUUCAUACAAUUAUGAAUCAACAACUCACAUCACAAUCAUCAUCAGCAGCAGACUUUGCAAUGAACAAAACAAGAAACCACUCUUUGAUAAAAUCUUGAUUGCCAACAGAGGUGAAAUUGCCUGUAGAGUUAUGAAAACAGCAAGAAAGCUUGGUAUUAAAACUGUUGCUGUUUAUAGUGAAGCCGAUGCCAAUUCUAUGCACGUAGCUAUGGCUGAUGAAGCCUACUUGUUAGGUCCACCAGAAUCAAGCAAAUCAUACUUGUGUGGUGAUAAAAUUCUUGAAAUUGCCAAACAAUGUGGAGCUCAAGCUAUUCACCCUGGUUAUGGUUUCUUGUCAGAAAAUGCUAAAUUUGCCAGUCUCUGUGCCAAGAAUGGUGUUGUUUUUAUUGGACCACCAGAAGGAGCUAUUAUUUCAAUGGGAUCAAAGAGUGAAAGUAAAAAGAUUAUGGAACAUGCCAAAGUACCUGUUGUGCCAGGUUAUCACGGAGAUGAACAAGGUGAAGACAAAUUAUUGGAAGAAGCAAAGAAAAUUGGUUUCCCAAUUUUGAUUAAAGCUGUCUUGGGAGGUGGUGGUAAAGGUAUGAAGCUUGCCCACAGUGAAAAGGAAUUCAAAGAAGCUCUCUCUUCUGCUAAACGUGAAGCUAAAGCUUCAUUUGGUGAUGACAGAGUUUUAAUUGAAAAAUAUAUUCAAACACCACGUCACAUUGAAAUUCAAGUUUUUGCUGAUACUCACGGAAAUUGUGUUUACUUGUUUGAAAGAGAUUGUUCAGUUCAAAGAAGACAUCAAAAGAUUAUUGAAGAAGCUCCUGCACCAGGUUUGGCAGAUGAAGUCAGAAGAGCUAUGGGUGAAAGUGCUGUAGAUGCUGCCAGAGCUGUUGGAUAUGUUGGUGCUGGUACUGUCGAAUUUAUUAUGGACAAUGCUGAUAAUAGUUAUUACUUUAUGGAAAUGAAUACUAGACUUCAAGUUGAACAUCCAGUUACUGAAAUGAUUACUGGUCAAGAUUUGGUUGAAUGGCAACUUCAAGUUGCUUCUGGAAAUAGAUUACCACUUCUCCAAAACGAAUUGAAGAGAACUGGUCAUGCUUUCGAAGCUCGUAUCUAUGCUGAAAAUCCAGAAAAUAACUUCUUGCCAGGUACUGGUACAUUGCGUUAUUUGAGUCCUCCAGAAGAAAUUCCAGGAGAAGUCAGAGUUGAAACUGGUGUCAGACAAGGUGAUGAAGUUUCCAUUUACUAUGAUCCAAUGAUUGCUAAACUUGUUGUUUGGGGCGAAAACAGAGAAUUGGCUCUCCGUAAAUUGGUUUCUUGUCUCCACAGAUAUCACAUUUCUGGUUUGAAUACAAAUAUUGAAUUCCUUAUCAGAUUGGCCACCAAUGAAAGAUUUAAGAAUGUCACUGAAUUGGAAACUCACUUUAUUCAAAAGUAUUAUAGUGAACUCUUCCCUGAAAAGAAGAUUGAUGAUUCUGUCUUCUUGUUGUCCACUCUCUCAUUGAUUGUCAAGAAUGAUAGACAAACUAAGCGUUCAAGCGAUCCAUUCGAUCAACUCAAAGGUCUCAGAUUCAAUCACAAUCACGAUGAAAACUUUGAAUUCCACCAUCCACACCACAAAGAUCAAAUUGUUUCUGUCAAUGUUGAACAUGUGUGGGAUCCACAAACAACUAGCAAAUUUGUCAUGAAGAUUGGUAAGAAUAGCCAUGUUGUUAGUGGUUCUUAUGAUGCUACUACUAAGGAAAUUGUUGCUUCUGUUGAUGGCAGAAAAUUCCACUCAACCCUUGCUUUUAGUCACGACCAAAAGACAAUUUACCUCUUCACAAGAGAUGGUCAAAGAUAUGAAAUUGUUCCAGUUUUGGCUGCUUUCGAACAAAAGGGUGGUCCAGCUAUGGGAUCAUUGAAGAGUCCAAUGCCAGGUAAAAUUACAGCUGUCAUGGUUAAGGAAGGAGAUAAGGUUUCAAAGGGUGAUACUAUCCUUGCAAUGGAAGCCAUGAAGAUGGAACACAAGAUUUUGGCCACUAAGGAUGGUGUUAUCAAGAGUUUACCAUAUGCUAUUGGUGACCUCGUUCAAGGUGAAGCUGUUUUGGCAGUCUUAGAGUAAAUAACACAAACAAUUCGAAUCAAUUUUACAAAACAAAUAUAUUUAUUAAAAAAGAGAAAUUUAAAUUUUUGAAAAA